CGUCGCUAAAUAUAUACGUCAUCACCACAACAGCGCGUCACAAUUUUCGACGCACGUUGCUCGUUUAGUUGUUUAGCGAUUAGCAGUUAGCCGUGAAAAUUACAUAUAUUCACAUGGCGAAUGGAUGCGAGGAAGUGUUGUUCACACGCGGAACCGGACAGAGUGAUGAUUCGGAUAUAUGGGAUGACACCGCAUUAAUAAAAGCUUACGACAAGGCAGUGGCAUCAUUCAAGACUGCCCUGAAGGGCGAAGAAGAGCCGGAAGCCUCCAAGAAAAACCAACCAGGAAAAAAACGCAAGAACAACAAAAAGAACCAGAGCAGGAAAAGGACCAACGCACCGCCAGAGAAAGAGUGGCAGGUUGGCGACUCAUGCAGCGCGUACUGGUCAGAGGAUGGCCAACUCUAUGCAGCCACCAUCUCCUCCAUAGACAAGAAGAGGGGCACUUGUAUUGUUGUUUAUACAGAUUACGGCAACGAGGAGGAGCAGAACCUUGAAGACUUGAUUUCAGAGAUUUCUGAAGGUGAUGAGGAUACAAAUAGCAAGGUAAAUGAGGCAGAAUCAUCAACAGAGGAGAGUGACAGGUCAACCACACCAAACCAACACAAACAACAGCCCCACAGUAAACCUCAAAAGCCCAAGACCCACAAAGAAGGUCCUCCUAUGUGGGCUCCUGGUUUCCCUGGGUUUCCUCCAGGUCCACCUCCCAUGCAUGCCUUCAGGCAGGGUGGAAGCAGACGAUCUGGUGGCCGUGGUCCUGUACCUCCUCCCUGGCCUCCCAUGAUGCAUUUUGGUCCACCGAUGAUCCCCCCACCUCCACCGAUGAGCCCAGACAUGGUGGAUGACGAGGCUUUGGGCAGUGUGCUCAUCUCCUGGUACAUGAGUGGAUAUCACACAGGAUACUAUUUGGGGUUGAAACAAGGACGCAAAGAAGCUGCCAACUGGACAAAACUGCACCACAAAUGACAUUAUCAAGUCAAGAUUUCAUGGUUUAAGUUGCACGGGGGAUCACGCGGAGCAGCUGCCAGCCUCCCAGUUGUGCCUGUUGUGUGUACAGCUUGUAACAGAAAUGUUAUAAAUGAAAUGUGCAGGCUGUGAACAGAACAUUCGGUGGACUUGGAGGAGAGUUUUGUAUUCUUUGUAAAUAGAUUAAAUAAAGGGUUUCAGAUCACAGUAA